AUGGACUUGUGCUGCAGUCACUUAAACGCGCUCUGCUGUUUCUGUCUUUUCAGGGAUUUUUUGAGGGGCACAUUGAAACCUUGGAUCUGUAAUUUACUGUAGCCCUAUAUUUUUAUUUAUUUAUUGAGGCACAAGGAACUCAUUCAUGCAUUUUCUGCUCCAUGUCUUUUGGCUGACAUUUUCCAUGUUUUGAUGUUUAUAUGAGGGGAUAAAAAAGGCCCACCAUGCUGUUUCGGACAUAAACCAAACGUUCUCUGCGUUUCAGUUUUAAACCAGCCUGUUUUCUUUUUCCCAAUAACUGGUAGUGGGAGGACCUCAUAAGCCUUGAGUAAGACUUUUGGAAUGGACCCAUUUUGUGUCCUUCUCAUGGCUCUGUCGGCGGUAACUUCACGAGAGCCGCGACUGGCGCAGUAAGCAACUGAUGAGUUACAUAGUUUGCGACAUGGGCUGAGCUACAGCGACUGUUUUGUUGAGAGCAGGUUUGGACAGAUUGGAAAUGGAUAGCGGGUAAGAAAGACAACACUUAGACUCGAAACAGACUCAGGUCAAGUGAGCCAUAGACCAAUUAUUUGAAUUUUUUUCAAGCAAAAGUCUGCGUCAGCAGAGCACAGACACUGGUUGGAGUCAAGUCUACUAGUUUCAGGGGCUGCUGUCCCGUUUGUCUUAAGUCCCCACCGUGUCUUAGAAUAGAGCUGUGUUCUAUAACAUUUGAAGAGACGUCCUUUUGUGUUCUUAAGCUGAUAUUUGAAGCUGAUAUUCCUCAGCCGUCCGGAGCAUGUGGCCGUCGCACCUGACCGUGCUCCUGCUGCUCCGGGGGUUCGGGGCGCUCGUGGAGGGGCUCAACACGUGCCAGUCUAUAAACCUGGAUGAGCAGAAGUCUCGGCGCAUUGAGGCAGUGCGCGGACAGAUCCUCAGUAAACUGCGCAUCCGCAGCCCACCUGACGAUGACAACGAUCAGCUGCCGGCCCCAGUGCCCACGGAGGUCAUGCUGCUCUACAACAGCACGCGCGAGCUGCUCAAGGAGCGCGCGCGCCUGGCUGAGUCCGCGUGCGACCGUGAGAGCAGUGAGGAAGAUUAUUACGCAAAAGAAGUGCAGCGGAUUGACAUGCUUCCCGUACGCAACGACAACAAUGCCCUGCAGCCUGCGGCCCCAGACCCACACUACAGAGUGGUGCACUUUGAUGUCAGUGCAGUGGAUUUGACCAACAGUACAUUGGUUAAAGCUGAGUUUAGGAUCUUCAGAGCUCCCAAUCAAAAGGCCCGGGCAGCAGAGCAGAGAGUGGAGAUCUUCCAGUUACUGAGACCAGAUGAGGAUAGCACUUCCACACAGCGAUAUAUUGACUCUCGCACCGUCCAGACCAGGGCAAAGGGAGCCUGGAUGUCUGUGGAUGUUACAGAGACAGUUAAAGAUUGGGUGUCCGACUCAGAAAACAACUUGGGCUUAAAACUGAGUAUCCACUGCCCCUGCUGCACAUUUGUCCCAUCUACCAACAACAUUGUUCCCAAUAAGAGUGAGGAACUGGAGGCCCUCUUUGCAGGUGUAGAUGAUGAACAGCUACGUCAGAUCAGAAAGCCAGGUCAGGUGAAAGGUCAAGCGGACUUCAGCACCAAAACACCUCACCUCAUUCUCACACUGCUGCCCAGUGACAGAAUGGACAACCCGGCCAAGAAGAACCGCAAAAAGAGAGCCGCUGCCACAGACGGAAUCACCUGCUCCCGUGGAGCUGAUCACAACUGCUGCCUACGCUCACUCUACAUCGAUUUCAGACGUGAUCUAAACUGGAAGUGGAUCCAUGAGCCCAAAGGUUAUAAAGCAAACUUCUGUGCUGGCAACUGUCCCUAUCUGUGGAGUGCUAACAACCACUACAACAUGAUCCUGCCCCUGUACAAUAAGUUGAACCCCGAGGCUUCAGCAACACCCUGCUGUGUCCCCCAAGACCUGGAGCCCCUCACAAUCAUGUACUUCAUCGGCCGCACGCCACGUGUCGAACAACUCUCCAAUAUGGUUGUCAAAUCCUGCAAGUGCCGCUGACCAGAUCAACAGACAGUGAGCUGUGGAUAGUGGUUACUGGCCUAUAAAGGCUUAUGGGAAGAAUGACAGCACAGCUUAAACAUGGAUAAUUUUGUCUCUCUUUGUCACCAUUUUUCUUUCACUCAACAACCACCUUCUGAUAUUGGACACUGUAAAUAAGAACAUUAUUCUAUUAAACCUUUACUUGGACAUUAAGAA